CGCUCGAUUCUUCCCGGUUCUGUUAUCGACCCUCAGGUCCCUUCAGUUCAUAUGGAUACUGAAAACCUAACCCUGACGACCUCUUCCCUCUUCCUCUCCUCCGUCGCCACCUUCGCAGCUGAAUCGCCUCAAGUGCAUCCUCCUAAGUCCUUCGAAUUGCUCUCCCAUUGCUCCCCUCUUCCCACCCUCCCCUCUUCUCUACCGACCUUUAAGCUUAUUCCAAACUCCCGCUUCAUCGUCGAUGGCUUCCGCACUGCCGGAGAUUUUUCAAUCUCUUACUUUCUCUCCCAUUUCCAUUCUGACCAUUAUACAGGGCUGAGCCCUACCUGGUGCCGUGGCAUCAUAUUCUGCUCUGAGACAACCGCUUCGCUUCUCGUGGAAAUCCUCAAAGUUCCUCAUCUCUUUGUCUAUUCCCUACCCCUUAACAAGACUGUCACGAUAGAUGGAAGUACUGUCACUUUAGUGGACGCAAAUCACUGUCCUGGUGCAGUCCAAUUCCUGUUUGAAGUUGGACCUGAAAGGUAUGUUCACACCGGUGACUUCAGAUUCUGCAAGUCCAUGAAACUUGACCCAUUCUUACUGAAAUUUGUUGGCGCCGAUGCUGUGUUCUUGGAUACUACUUACUGCAAUCCCAAAUUUGUGUUUCAGUCGCAAGAGGAAUCGAUUGAGUAUGUUGUAAAAACUAUCCAGAGAACGAAGGAAGAAAAUCGAGGAUUAGUCAAAUCAGUAUUGUUUCUUAUUGCUACCUAUGUUGUUGGAAAAGAAAGGAUUUUGCUUGAGAUUGCUCAAAGAUGCAAUUGCUUGGUGCAUGUGGAUGGCAGGAAGAUGGGGAUUUUAUCAGUUUUAGGGUUGAGUGAUAUUGGUGUUUUCACUGAGGAUGCUUCGGCUACUGAUGUUCAUGUGAUUGGUUGGAAUUUGUUAGGCGAGGUUUGGCCUUAUUUCCGACCAAAUUUUGUGAAGAUGAAGGAGAUUAUAGUGGAGAGAGGUUAUUCCAAGGCUGUAGGUUUUGUUUCAACUGGUUGGAUGUAUGAGGCGAAGAGGGAUGGAUUUGCCUUGAGGGUCAAGGAAUCUCUCACGAUUCAUCUUGUUCCAUACAGUGAACACUCAAGCUAUGACGAGCUUAGAGAGUAUGUGAGGUUUUUGAGGCCUAAACGUGUUAUCCCAACUGUUGGUUUUGAUGCAGAGAAGUUGGACGGGAAGCAUUCAGUGUCUGUGCAGAAAUAUUUUAGGGGUUUGGUUGAUGAAACAGCUAAUAAGCAUGAUUUUUUGAUUCCUUUGCACCAGAAGGCUGUGAAAGCUGAUGGAAGGAGUGGAAAUUUUAUCUCUAGUAACACGAAUGAACCUGAUGAACCUGUGGAUACUGAAAAAAGAGAAGAUUUAGCUCUGAUAAUGGCUCGAUCUGGGGAACAAAAUUGCAUUUUUGGGGAAGCAAGCUUAAUGAAGGAAGAGGACAUGAAAGCUAGGAUAGAGGAGCUUCGUCAUUGCUUGCCAUCUUGGGUGAACGAGGACCAGAUUUUGAACUUGAUUAGAUGUGCUGAUGGAGAUGUUGUUAAAGCAGUUUCUGAUUUUUUUGAACGUGAAACUGAGUACUAUAAUCGCUCAAAUGUUUCAUCGCCGCCUAGUCAUUCUCAAAUAAGAUCAAAUAAUCAGAUUAUACCGACUCCGGAUUUGAAAAUUUCUGAAGGAGCCAUAGAUUUUGUUACUAACAAUUCAAGUCAAGAUAACAACAUGGCCAUUAAUAAGAGGGAUAUAGGAAGCUCUAGUGGAACGAAGAGAAAGGCUUCUAGCACUAGUAGUAGGUUAAAAAAGAAAGGGAAGAUUUUUUGGACUAUUGAUUCAUUCGGGCCAAAACAAUCAACAAUAACAAAGUUCUUUGGUAAAACUACACCAACACCGAUAGUUGAUAACACUGAACCAUAUAAGUGCGAGUUAGAUCUGUUUCUUCAGGUGAUAAACUAUUGCAUGGAGAGGAAUGCUGCAGCUACUUUAAUGAAUAAAGUAAAGGGAAACGUAGAUUUAGCAGUGGAUAUCUAUUACAGAACUUCUGAUGGUCAUGCCAUUAGCGACGCUGCGGAAUUGAAGAUUCUUUCCUCUGAAAAAUCAGAUUUUUUUGGGAUGUCACUAGGAGAAAUUUCAAAGGAUGAUGAUAAUUUGAUAAAUGUUUUGCUGCCAAUUGAAAAGUAUUCACCCAUUGAACAUGCUUGCUGGAAGGCUGAGGAGCCCGCACCAUAUCUCCACUUGGCUCGUACUUUUGAACUGGCUGAACAAGAGAAAGGAAAGAUAAAAACUUCUGCUAUGUUUUGUAACAUGUUCAGAAGUUUGCUUUCUUUGUCACCUGCUGAUGUACUUCCUGCAGUAUAUCUAUGCACAAACAGGAUUGCUCCUGAUCAUGAAAACAUGGAAUUGAAUAUUGGCGGUGGUCUGGUUAUUUCUGCAUUGGAAGAGGCGUGUGGAACCAGCAAAUCCAGAAUUAAAGAAAUGUACAACUCUUCUGGUGAUCUUGGUGAUGUUGCGCAAGAAUGCCGGCAAACCCAAAAGUUACUUGCUCUGCCUCGUCCUCUUUCAAUAUGUACCUUGUUUCUAAUGCUAAGGAAGAUAAGUGUGGAAACAGGUAGCGGCAGUGCUGCUAGAAGGAAACAAAUUGUCGUGAAAUUGAUGAGGUCUUGCAGAGAAAUGGAGAUGAAGUUUCUUGUCCGAACUCUUGUUCGUAAUUUGCGCAUAGGAGCCAUGAUGAAAACCAUCUUACCAGCAUUAGCGCAGGCUGUGGUUUUGAACUGCCACUCACCUAUGCAACCUAUUGGAUCCUGUGAAAGCCUAAAACCGCAACUUCAAGGAAUUUCUGCAGCUGUUACUGAAGCCUAUAAUAUAUCUCCAAAUCUGGAUUUGCUUGUUCCUUCUCUCUUGGGCAAAGGAAUUGAGUUUUCUGCUUCUGCUUUGACAAUGGAACCAGGCGCACCUAUUCCGCCUAUGCUUGCUAGAAUCACCAAUGGUGUUAGUCAAGUACUGAAGUUGUUCCAGAAUAGAGCUUUUACAUGUGAAUUCAAAUAUGAUGGCCAACGAGCCCAAAUUCACAAACUUUUUGAUGGCUCCAUAUGUAUAUUUUCUCGCAAAAUGAAAGAAUCAACUUCUAGAUUUCCAGAUUUGUUACCAAUAAUAAAAGAAUAUUGUAAUUCUGCCCAUGCAACUUUCAUACUGGAUGCGGAGAUUGUUGCCGUUGAUCGAAAGAAUGGAAGUAAGCUCAUGUCUUUUCAAGAGUUAUCAUCACGAGAACGGGGUAGCAAAGAUUAUUCAGUUGCCAUGGAUAAGACAAAGGUAGACAUCUGUGUUUUCAUUUUUGACAUAAUGUUUUUAAAUGGAGAGCGGUUAUUGGCCUCAUCUUUACGUCGAAGGAGGGAAUAUAUAAAGGAUUUGAUUCAAAAGGAGAGGCCUGGUUACCUGGAACUUGCAAAGCAAUUAACUGUGGAAGCAGAUGAAGCUUGUGUGAGUAAUGAGACAACAUUGGAAAAACUGAACUCAUUUUUUGAGGAUGCAUGUCAUUCAUGCGAGGGAAUAAUGGUAAAAUCACUGGAUGUUGAUGCUGGAUAUUUUGCAUCAAAGCGUGCCGAGACGUGGUUAAAGGUUAAGCGUGAUUAUGUGGAGGGAUUGGGCGAUAGUCUUGAUUUAGUUCCAAUUGGUGCUUGGCAUGGGAAUGGAAGAAAGGCGAGCUGGUACAGUCCUUUCCUUAUGGCAUGCUACAACCCAGAUUCUGAAGAAUUCCAGAGUGUGUGCAGAGUCAUGUCUGGUUUCUCAGAUUCUUUCUAUGUCAAUAUGAAGGAAUUCUUCUCCGGUGAGCGACUGCUAUCCAAAAAACCUUCUUACUACCAAACUGAUGAAUCACCUGAUUUAUGGUUCUCACCAGAACUUGUUUGGGAAAUUCGCGGGGCAGAUUUGACGAUCUCACCCGUUCAUCACGCUGCGAUCGGAUUAGUGCACCAAUCUCGAGGGAUCUCAGUAAGACUUCCCAGGUUUGUUCGUUCACUAUCUGAUAGGAAGCCAGAAGAUUGCAGCACUGCUUCUGAUAUUGCCUUCAUGUUCCAAUCUCAGACAAGAAAAAUGGAGAUUGUUAAUGAAGAAUAGAUUGCUGGUUUGUAUAUUAUUAUUUUGUUAAUAUCAUUAUAUAAGAGGAUAACAUACCACUUAAUGCUUAUAUAUUUACAUAUUUAACUACUAAACUUAAAUUUUUUGCAUACAUACCAACUUAUCUCUGCAUGAAAAAGGUGUAUUUUACUUCUUUUUCAUGUCGAAUGGGUGAUAUUUCAAUACUUUGGAAUUGGGCGGUAUGUAUGUAAAUGCCCAUAUUAUAUAUUGUUAGUCUAAUGUAAAUUUUGAUGUAAAAGUUAUAUUUUUAAAGCUUGGAACUCAGGAAUAUGAUGUACUGUCUUUUGAAUUUGUAAAUACAAAUAUGAAUUGUUUGGUG